AAUGGCCAUGCUGGUCAAGGUUUAGGCUGGAUAGGCUUAUGCUAGACCAGCAACAACAUUUUGUUCCUCGACAUAACCACUGGUCUAUGCUGUUUUAAGCAUGAUUUAGAGGGUAAAGACUGAGGGUAGUUUUGUGUCAGGUAGACGUUUGUCCACCGUUUUAGGAUAAUCACCAUCUGUGAUAUUAAAAGUUUAUUGAAACCAAGCAUAAAAUCUCUGUUAGCCUGUCCUAUAAAAAUAAGCCCAUUUUUGGAGAGGCACCGCCCCUACAAUUAGUGUACAAGAGCCUUAUCAACAGCAUACUCUACAACAACAUGCAGAUAAUAAAGUUGCACAUUCCGCCUCUUCCAGGCAGUCACGAGAGCAGGCAAGUGGACCACCCCAAAUCAUCGCUGACUGUGGAAACUUCUCACUGGACUUCAAGCAACUUGGAUUCUGUGCCUCUCCACUCCUCCAGGCUCUGGGACCUUGAUUUUCAAAUGAAAUGCAAAAUUGACUUUCAUCUUUGAAAAGAGGACUUUGGACCACCGAGCAACGGUCCAGUUCUUUUUCUCCUUAGCCCAGAGCUAGAGUACACUGCAGUCUCGUCUUAAGAUGGACGUGAGACUUUGGAGUCUCCUGUUGGCGUUGGUGACUGUGUGCGGGGUGACAGUUGAAGGUUUUAAGAACGGAAAAGUUGCAGUAGCCUGCGAUAGCAUGGCACCGCUACAUGAUCAGCCUUCACCGCACAUUCAACCUUCCAGCCCCUACAUGAUAACUGUGGAUAAGAGCAAAUUCAGUCCAGGGGACAUGAUCAAAGUAAGCAUUGCUCCAUCUGCGUCUGGUACCAAGUACUUUGAAGGCUUUCUGAUCGAAGCUCGGGAUGCCGGACGCCUUGAUGGCCCUGCGGUGGGGUCAUUUGACCUUGUCAAUCCCACUAUUUCACAGCUUUUAAAAUGUGGAGACAUACAGGGAUCAGCUGUAAGUCACACAAGUAAAACCAAAAAAACUGAAAUCCAGGUCAUCUGGAAUGCACCAGAAGACUCUCCUCCCAGUGUUCAGUUUCUGGCAACAGUGGUUCAGCACUACAGUACCUUCUGGGUAAAAAUCUCUGGACCAGUGAUAUCACAGAGCGCUGUUACUCCUCUCCCAACCCAAAGCAUCACUACUCCCUCUGGUCUCCUUCCCAAACCAUUUAGCUCGGAGGGGUGUGGCAGCACGAAGACGUGCCUCCGGGACCCGGUGGGAUGUCAUCCAGAGACGGACCCCAAGUGCUUCUUCCUCUCCUUCGCUGCUGUUGUCCCGGGUGUCGUUUUCGAGCUCAGCGGGCCAGCAGAGGGAUAUGUGGCUUUUGCCCUGUCGCUGGACAAGUGGAUGGGUAACGAUGAUGUCUAUCAAUGUGUGAGGAGCAUAGACCAUGUUCAUGUUGAAGCAGCAUAUCUCAGAGGCCGGACAUAUCCAGAGGACCCUUCUGGGAGUGGACUCAGUAAUGUUACGUGGAGGCUGGCUAAUGGGGUCAUCCAGUGCCAAUUCCGCAGAGAGGUUCACAUUCCCCAGGACCACAGAUUUGACCUGAACAAUAGCUACUACCUGUUUCUGGCAAACGGCAGGGCUGAUUAUGGUAUGGUGCACAGGCAUGAUCGCCAGCCCCUGAUUUCGACCAAUAAGAAAGUUAUUACCGGUCCACCUGAGAACAUGAGUGGCUCACGAUCUCCCUUGAUGAUAAAAUUUCACGGGGCUUUCAUGCUUGUUGCAUGGAUGACAGCAGCCACCACCGGUAUCUUUAUUGCACGCUACUUCAAACCCUGCUGGCCAGAUUGGACCAUACUUCAACAGAAGGCUUGGUUUCAGUUUCAUCGUUCCCUUAUGAUCCUGGUGGUCCUACUUACUGCUACUGGCUUUGUUCUGCCCUUUAUCUACAGAGGAGGGUGGAGCUCGCGUGCCGGGGCCCACCCUUACCUGGGCUGCACGGUUAUGACUCUUGCUGUGCUGCAACCUUUCAUGGCAAUAUUUAGACCUCCGCCAGACUCUGCACGAAGGUACAUAUUUAACUGGAUGCACAUGGGAGCAGGUACUAGUGCAGUGGUAAUCGCUGUGGCAGCUAUGUUCCUGGGGGUUGGUCAGCAGGCCUUGCUGCUGCCCACAGCCUCUGCAGCCCUUGGAGGCUUUGUAGUCUGGGUUGCUGUGGCAUUUCUCGUGUUGGAGCUGCACGGCCUUUUUAAAAGAGGAAGAAAAUCCAGAGAGGAUGAAGAGCCAAUUAUCUUUGAGCAGCAAGAUUAUCAGGAUUCCAUGUUUAAAAAUGUGGCAUUGGUGGUCUUCAUCACUGGGAAUGUGGGAUUCCUGAUUGCACUCCUGUACUCCAUAAGUAGUGUGUGACAGGUUACUUGUUGUGACAUCCCCAAUCUCAGCAUGUUUCUGGUGUAGGUUUGGAGCCUUGUUCAUCUAUAUUUUUAUCGCAGAAUGUGAAAAACUGUGGAAGUUUGGCAGGUUUUGUUCCAACUACUGAGUGUGAGAAAAAAGAAGAGAUAAGUUAUGUUGGUUGGUAGCAUUGUUCAAUUAUUUCAUUUCCAAAGAAGCAGAUGCUAGUGGAUUAGGUGAUGGUCUCUAUUUCUUUGAAAUGACAAAGGAACAGCACAAUAUUUGUAAUGACAGAUAUUAUAAUAUGUACUCUCUAUGUCUUGAAAACAAACAGAAUGAGAAUAUUGCUUUGUAAUGCUGUUUUGGCACUCAAAAAAAACAUUUUAUUGAGGCAAGAAGAUUGCUAAAAAUAGAUAAUUAACUCAAAUUGAGUUUGUUCAACAAAUUAUGCAUGUGAUCGUGAGAGUGAGCUGAAAAGUGAGAGAUAGGCAAUACAAGCAAUUUGGCGAUACAAGUGUCCUAAAUUGUCAUGCCAAUAAAGCAGUUUGAAUGUAAUUAAAUUGAUAGGGGUAUUAUGUAUUGUGUAUGAAAAUCUGAAAAUAAAUGCUGUUUCUUAUUUAACAAA